AUGUUCCGUCAGGUUCAGCUCUUAGUCCUUCUAUUUGCGACAGCGCUUGCUGCGCCAGAUCUAACUGAAUUAGAUCUAACUUCAACCAACGAAUUGGUAGCUGUCGUUCAGUUAUUUAGACAUGGACACAGGACUCCUACGGACUUUUACGAAAAUGAUCAGUAUUCGGAUUUAUCAAAAUAUUGGAGUGGCCUUGACUUAGGACAGUUAACAAAUAUUGGAAAACAACAGCACUAUGAGCUAGGGCAAUUUACUAGGAAACGAUAUGGUAAAUGGCUGCCACAGAAAUAUGAUAAAAAUGAUUUCUAUGCCCAGACCACAGAUGUCGAUCGAACACACAUGUCAGGGCAAAUAAAUCUUUACGGGCUUUAUCCAGCCAAAAAAGAUCAGUUAUGGAGGCUGUUCACUGAUUGGCAGCCCAUUCCACUACAUCCGGGAGAUUCUAAUAUUUGGGAAAUAUUUCCCAACUGUGCGGCUUAUAUGAAAGAAUACGCCGAAGUUCUUGCUUCUGAUUUGUAUGCAACAAUAGACAAAGAGUAUGCAGAUGUGUAUUCAUAUUUAUCACAGUAUUCAGGUGAAAAUAUUACAACCCUAUCAGAAGCAAAUUCCGUGUUUGAUUGUUUUAAAAGUGAAUCUACUGCUGGUCUUCGUCUUCCAUGGUGGGCGUCAAAAAUAUAUCCAGAACCAUUAACACAACUCAUGGGAUAUUUCUUUCACGCAAUGUCUUACACAACCAAACAACAGCGAUAUUAUUCUGGAACUCUGCUUAAUUCCAUUUUAAACUACUUCGACGACAAAAUAAAUGGUUCAGUAUCCCAACAGUUCAAAAUGUACAGCGGACACGACACAAAUAUUGCAGCUGUGUUGAGUGCUCUUGAUGCUUUUAAUCCACCCUAUCCUCCAGAGUACGCAAGCAGUGUGUAUUUUGAAUUAAGAAACUAUUCAGGGCACUAUUUUGUAAAUGUGUGGAGCAAAAACGGAUCCAACUUAAAGAAGAUUUCAAUAAGGGGAUGUGCUUUGGAUUGUCCUUUAGAUGAAGUUAGACAAAGAUUGAAUGAGAUAGUCCUAGAUGUUGCUACUAGAACCGAAGAGUGCAAUGCCAAAACGACAUUCAAAACGGUUGCUGCUGAAAAUAUGUACAAUAAGCUUAUUAAAAUUGGUGAAAUUGAACGUCUUAAAAGAACAUUUUAAAAUAAAUUAAUUAAAUAUGGUCUAA